AUUAUAACACGGCCGGGACAGUCUUAACAGGUGUCCGUCGCUGAGCAGUCGCAUUCAAAUCGGAUUCGCGUAAGACGACGACGACGUGGACUACGAUCGCGCGCGCAAACAAAACACUUUUUAAUAUCGUAUACGACAUCGUAUUGCUGUGGUCCGACUGCAGCAGACGAUACGAUCGAUACAACGAUAAUAUACAAUAUCAAUAUUAAUAGAAAUUGAUAUACAUUGUUUGCGCCGCGCGUAAUAUCGCAAGUCGAUCGUGUACGCCGAACCUAUCGUCGUGUGAGCGUGGACACCGUUGCGUAGUGACCGGAAAAUUGUUGAAACGCGGGUAUCGUUGUUGUCGGGUUUCUACACGGCCGAUUUUCCAAGUCGCGAGUGCGCUGACCGCGCAGCCCCCCGAGCGAAAUCGCGUCGUGCGCCCCCCCUGCAGUACGAGCCACCCUCGUGGUACACACCGUAAUUGUAUUAUAGUUUGAAGUCGUUCCAGAAGACCGUAAUCAUGAUCGAUUCCGCUUCGGCAGACUGUUGCGUUUUCGCCAAAGAGUCUCUGUCCGUAGACGGGUACAUGGGGUCAUCGCCGUCCGUAGUGCACCAGAGGACCAACAGCCACUUAAAGGAUCAUAAAGAAUUCCUAAAGAAAUCAAAAGAUUCGUUGUUGUCGAGGAGUCCAAAGGAAUUAUCGUUACUGCAAUUCCAUGAAGUUGAACCGCAUUUACAAUCCAAUCCAUACAUUACAUCCGGCUAUAGAGCAAGUUUAUCGACUAAAAUGUGCAUAGAAAGCGCUUUUUGGCUGACCAAUGAAACCAUAAAUAUUUGGUCACAUGUGUUUGGUUGGAUGUUGUUUUUCGGUUUAACAAUUUAUGACUUGUUUUUAUUGAAUAUUCACGCUUCACCGUUUGAUAAGCUUGUUGUGGGUCUACUACUUGGAUGUUUUCAGAUUAGCAUGGCAUCAUCGACUAUGUACCACACGUUUUCAUGCAAAUCCGAGAAGCAUUUCAACUGUUUUUUAUCAUUUGACUUGUUCGGCAUAGCAUUAAGCUUGUUGGGUAUCUACUUAUCAGGAAUUUAUUACGCUUUUUGGUGUCAUCCAGUACAUCGAAUGUUUUACUUGUCUACUGUAUUCUUUAUAUUUGUAUCUGUCAUGGCAUUGCAAAUACCAAAAUUGAAAGCAAGUGAUAAUUUGAAAAUGAUCUCAUUUGUGUGUUGGGCAGCAUACGGAGUGAUACCGACGUGUCACUGGGUUGCCAUCAUGGGUGGAUGGGAAAAUCCAAUAGUGGCCAAAUUGUUAUCAAGAAUUUUAAAUAUGUAUCUAAUUUCCGGAUUAGCGUUUCUAAUUUACGUUACUAGAACGCCAGAACGAUUUUUCAAAGGUAAAUUAGAUUACAUAGGAUCAUCACACCAGUGGUGGCAUUUUCUGGUCGUGAUAGCGUUGUAUUACUGGCAUAAUACUGGCAUUUUGUAUAUCGAGUACAGAAUGAACCACGGAUGUGCCAACGACUUACGACUAUAACAUUGAUUUGCUCAAAGUGUACACUCUUAUUUUAUAAUUAAAUUAUUUUUAAUAUUAAGUAUAUCAUAUAGUCUGUUUGUUAUUUUACGAUUCGUCGACGAUUUUCUGUAAAAUAUUUCUUAUACUAUAUAAAAUUAAAAUUCUUAUAUGUACAUAAAAAAUUAUUUUAGUAUAAUAAAAUGGAAUCGAUUGAAUACACAA